ACAGAUCCAACAGUUAGACUGACCACAGCUUCUCUUCCACCCGCCAGCUUCUCUGUCAUGGCGGUGGACCGACGGAAGAUAGCUGUCUUUGGAGCAGCCUUUGUGUUGCGACUGCUUCUCAUUUGUCUCUUCCCAUCAUUGCCCGACUUGCUCACUGGCCGAGUUGAGGUGUCCACGCCGGUCAAUAGCUUCAAGCGACUACAAGAAGGCCUGUAUCUUUAUACACGCGAUGUAUCGCCGUACGACGGUGGUGUCUUCCACCAGGCACCGCUCCUCCUCCCUCUAUUCUCUUUACUCCCCGACGUCACAACCAAUCCGGUCCCUACGGCUAUCUUCUAUUUCCUUGUCGAUCUAUUAAACGCGCAUGCGUUGUCAACCAUCUCCGCGUCGGGCCAGUCGGUCCAGAGCAGGUUACACUCUGCGAUGCGGAAACAUAUUCGGUGGGACGGGACCUCAGUGGCAGCAUGGUUCCUGUUCAACCCCUUCACCAUUGCAACGUGCUUGGCCCGAUCAACAAGCGUCUUUACAACCUCGGGAAUCCUGUUCGCUGUUUCGAGUGCCGUCAGCGGUAACAGCUUGAACGCAAUGCUCGCUCUCGGCUUUGCAUCAUAUCUCUCCCUCUAUCCCGCUCUGUUGUUCGUCCCGCUUGCCCUGCUGUGCUACGACCAGCGAGCCCAAAAGUCCGCCCAGGCGUCCAAUACUGCGCUGUUCAUCUUGCAACAUGGCGCCAUUCUGUCUGGUGGCAUUGCUGGAUUACUUGGACUUUCUCUCCUCAUCGCGGGGAACUUCUGGGAAUUCAUGUCAGCUACGUAUGGCUUCCACCUGCUGGUCCCUGACCUGACCCCUAAUGUGGGCCUGUGGUGGUACUUCUUUAUCGAGAUGUUCGACUCCUUCCGGGAGUUCUUCCUCGGAGUGUUCUGGCUUCACCUGGCCAGCUAUGUUGGUGGACUCACGGCAAGGCUGCGCCGCCAGCCUCUUUUCAUUAUCACCUCACUUCUGGGUGUCUUUGCCGUGUUCAAGCCCUACCCCAGUAUCUCGGAUGCUUCGCUAUUUUUCGCGCUGCUUCCAUUGUAUCGGCAUCUCUUCCCCUUGAUGCGGUACACUUUCUUUGCCAUUUCGGCUCUUCUUUACUCGAGUCUGCUUGGUCCCGCCUUCUAUCACCUCUGGAUCUACGCUGGAUCCGGCAAUGCCAACUUUUUCUACGCCAUUACCCUUGUGUGGAGCCUAGGAUUCUCGAUCCUCCUGGCGGAUGUUAUCUUUGCUGCGCUCAGAGACGAGUGGGAGCAAGAUCACCCCGAACGCAAGGGCGAGGAAGUAAAACAAGUCUAAUGUAUAUUGAUCAUAGCAUUUUCAUCACUGCAUGAGUUUCCUUUUUUUCAGAAACA